UUUCUUUUACCUGUCUUACCUAUCUGGAUCCUCUGCAUUCUAUUCAAAUGAGCCACUUGCUAGAGCCAGGCUCGGCGCUUCAUACACCGUCCUCUACUUGCAGGCAGCACAGAGUGCAUUCUCAGGACUGGAUCCUCUCUACAGCUGUCUGAGGAAACACUCCCUCCCCCAACUUUCAGCUGUCCUGGAAAUUCUACCUGUGAAGAUGCAGUAAGCUGACCCAGAGAGACAAGGGUUCCAGCAAAAAAGCAUGAACAGCGAGGAGGAGUUUUAUGAUGCCGAAACAGGCUUAGACUCGGACAAUUCUUCAGAAGACUUUGCAGACAUUGUUCAGAGAUCCUCAGAUAUGACCCUCACUGACCAAAAUGCAGCAGCUGAAGGGGGCAGAGUCCCACAGGAGAAUGGGCUGAAGAAACAUCGGACCUCCUUGCCAGCUCCAAUGAUUUCCAGGAAUGACUUCAGUGUAUGGAGUAUUUUGAAGAGAUGCAUAGGGCUGGAACUGUCGAAAAUCACAAUGCCGAUCGUCUUUAACGAGCCCCUGAGCUUCCUGCAGCGAAUCACAGAAUUUAUGGAGAACACGUACCUGAUUGACAAAGCUUCCUCUUGCACAGAUCCUUUGCUCAGGAUGCAGACCGUAGCUGCUUUUGCCGUUUCUGCUGUUGCUUCCCAGUGGGAGAGAACAGGGAAGCCGUUUAACCCUUUGCUUGGAGAAACAUAUGAACUAGUAAGGGAAGACCUGGGCUUCCGUUUCAUCUCUGAACAAGUGAGCCAUCACCCACCUGUGAGUGCAUUUUAUUCAGAAGGUCUUAACAAGGAAUUUGUCUUUCACGGCUCAAUCUAUCCAAAGUUAAAGUUUUGGGGAAAGAGUGUGGAAGCCGAACCUCGGGGAACCAUUACCUUAGAACUUCUCAAGCACAAAGAAGCCUAUACGUGGACCAACCCCACGUGCUGUGUGCAUAAUGUCAUUAUCGGGAAGCUGUGGAUAGAGCAGUAUGGGACAAUGGAGAUUUUGAACCAUAGUACUGGUGAUAAAUGUGUCCUUCACUUCCGACCCUGUGGCCUGUUUGGCAAGGAGUUGCAUAGAGUGGAAGGCUACAUCCAAGACAAGAAUAAGAAGAAGUAUUGCAUUAUCUAUGGGAAAUGGACAGAAUGUUUGUGGAGUGUGGAUCCUGCCAAAUAUGAAUCCUACAAAAAAGUGGAAAAGAAAGGAGGGGAAAAUAAAAAAAACAAACAGAGUGAAGAAUCAUUGAAGUCAGACAAUGAUGAAGCAGAUGACAUGCCAGAAGUCCAAGAGACGGUGCAUGUUAUACCGGGCAGCAAAUUGUUAUGGAGGAUAACCACCCGACCUUCCAAUGCCUCCCAGAUGUACAAUUUUACCAGCUUUGCUGUUACACUCAAUGAAUUGGAUCCAGAGGUCAAGCUAGCUCCUACAGACUGCCGUCUGCGGACAGAUAUUAGAAGUAUGGAGAAUGGAGAUCUAGACCAGGCCAGUAAAGAGAAGGAACGGUUAGAGGAGAAGCAAAGAGCAUCCAGGAGGGAGCGAGCCAAAUCUAAUGGGGAGUGGAGAACUAGAUGGUUCACUCAAGGCGAUAACCCACAUACUAGGACUUCAGACUGGAUCUAUACAGGCGGAUAUUUUGAUAGAAGUUUCACAGACUGUCCGGACAUUUAUUGACCCUCUGGGUGUCCUUCCUGUCACUUUCAGACUGGAACAUUACAUGAACUUUGUACUGGAGUUACUGCUCAGUAACUGUGUCUACAGAAGAGCAGAAGUAUUUACACUUCAUUAUGUUCUUUUUUUUGUAAAGAAUUAAGGAAAUAAUAUUGUUCAGCAAUCAGGGAUCAAAUUUCCACUUAGUUUGGAUGCCAUAUGAAAACACAGCUUAAAGUGUGUAUGACAUCUACACAAACACUUAUUAUAGCUUAUGUAUGCAAAUCGUCAUGAUUCAGCUUUGUUUCACCAAUGGGGCUCUCCAUGCUAAUUUGAUAUUUAUAUAUUCGAAAAUGUUCCUAUGGAACAUUUAUUGGUUUUUGUUCAUACAACUAUCAGGUUGUAAAUAAAAUGGCAGGAACAUGUGUAAUGUGUGAAAAGAAAAAAUAUCAUUUAGAAAAGGUGUGUACACACCUAUAUGCAUAAGCAUAAACCCAGAAUCACUUAUUGGUCUCUUAAAGGCACAUAAUACCCAUAUGAUAAAUCACUUGAAAGUAAUGCAGCAUAACUGUAAAAAUCUGACAAGAAAGUAUCAUCUCUAUUUUUUUCCUCAAAAUUUCUUCAGCUCACAAUAUUAAGUGCUCUGUGAACUGUUAUCCUUCAGUUAAUGUCAGCAACAUAUUGAGAGAAAAAAAACAGACAAUCAGCUUCAGCAUUGCUGAGGUCAUACUGAUUUACUGUGUUCUUGUGAGUGUUCAUUGUAAACUUCCUUAAACUGAGGAGGGAAAUAACAUGACUGUGACUGCACAUUUCCUUGCAAGUCAUAGGACUAGCAUCCUGAUUGGCUGCUUAAAGUCCCUUUACAAUGGGAUGUGGCUACUGAGGAAAUGUUGAUCUAAAAUAUAUUUUUUACAUUGAGAUAUACAUGUGCAUUUGGGAUAUUUUCUAGUCAGCUUUUUACAGAUGUUCUGCAUCACUUUCAAGUGCUUCAACAUUUGAGUAACUUGUUCCUUCAAGCUUUUAUUAAACAGGAAUACAUAACAUUUUUGUGCUCUACAGUAAUCAUCAUGAUUCUGACUUUAUGAACAGAAGAGAUAUUUUUGUGUCAUGCAUCCUGGUAGUCAGGUCAGAUUGCUGCCAUGUAAUAAACAUACAUUUAAUUGUAGGGGACAUGCUGUAUCCCAAUGUGAGAAUCCCAUGAGUGAUUGGUCCUUUUAGGGAUUUAUACUUUAAAUCUCAAGUUUUUCCAUUUAGGAGAAAGUCUUGAUACUGCCAUUUUACACAGAAAGAUAAUGCACUAAAACCAGAGGAUUGGUGUUUAUAACUAAUAGGUCACAAAAUGCAUAUUUACUUCUAUGUGUUGAAUACAAUACUUGACAUAGUAGUUGUAGGUCAGAGCCCAUUGUGGGACAAAUAGCUGAAUUGCUGCCUAACUCAUUUUACCUUGACCCAAAGAAGCCCCAUAUCUGCUACGCUGGAUUCUUGACUUAAAGGGACAUACGUGGUUUUUUUUUAUUUAAAUAAUCAAUACAUUUAACAUUUUAACUAAUAGCGAAAUUUAAAGAACUUUAAAGAACUGUUAAUAUAGACUUAUUAAUAAAUUGCUUUUUCUAACUUUUUUCAUAUGAAAAGUUAGUACUAUGCUGCAGAAUUUUAUCGGCAACCACCAAGGUCUGUAUUGAUAUCACUGUUUGGUAACUAUGUCCCUUUAAGACACUUAGAUAGAUACUUGUUGCUUCAAAAAUCAUAUAUUUGUAAGGGUGUAUGUUCAUACCCCAUACAUACAUACAUAGUUAUGUUUAUUUAUUAUUUAAGAAAUCAAACACAUUGAUUUUCAUGAUAUAUAUUUUUUUUGCUCUUCACUAAUUCUUAUUCAUGCCUCCUUUGCAUCUCUUUAGAUAAAAAAAAAACCUUUAAUAUUUAUAUUUGUUUUAAAUUGCUGUAGGAUAACUUCUAUAACACUGUGUUACUGAAGGGCUGAUAGGAAAGAACGCUGUAAUUAACACAUGUUCAAUAACAAAUCAUAUGUCAGUAAAUUACAUUUAUAUAAUAAAGCUAUAAGCUCAUCAUAUAA